AUGGUAGUUCCUUCUCCAACUGCAAUACGAACCAAAAAAACGAAGGCCUUAGGAAUUCCUACAGUUGAUCUUUCUCUUGAUAAGUCAAACGUAUCACAAUUGAUCGUAAGAGCAUGUGAAGAAUAUGGAUUCUUCAAAGUUAUUAAUCAUGGGGUCAAUAAGGAGGUCGUAACAAGACUGGAGGAGGAAGCUGUUCAUUUUUUCGGAAAGCCAGCCACGGAAAAGCAACAAGCUGGACCUGCUAGUCCUUUUGGCUAUGGUUGCAAAAACAUUGGCUGCCAUGGUGACACGGGGGAGCUUGAAUAUCUUCUCCUUCACACCAAUCCUCACUCCAUCUGUGAAAGAUCCAAAACCAUCUCGAAUGAACCUUCAGAAUUCAGUUGUGUAGUGAGUGACUACAUAGAAGCGGUGAGGCAACUGGCGAGCGAGAUUCUUGAUCUUGCAGCUGAGGGCUUGUGGGUCCCGGAUAAACAUGUAUUUAGUAGACUCAUCAACGACGUUCAUAGCGAUUCAGUUCUUAGACUUAAUCACUAUCCUGCAGUCGAAGAGAUCGUAGAUUGGGACCCAUCACCUAAAAGAAUUGGUUUUGGUGAGCACUCAGACCCUCAAAUCUUGACAAUCUUGCGAUCCAACGAUGUUGCGGGCCUCCAAAUUUGUUUCCAUGAUGGUUUGUGGGUUCCCGUCCCUCCCGACCCCACAGGAUUCUACGUGAUUGUAGGGGAUACCUUUCAGGUUUUAACGAAUGGGAGGUUUGAAAGCGUGAGGCAUAGGGUAUUGGCCAACUCGAGUAAGACAAGAAGGUCAAUGAUGUAUUUUGGGGCACCACCCCUUAAUGCAUGGAUUUCUCCUCUCCCCCAUAUGGUUUCACCACAAAAUCCAAGCCUAUAUAAACCCUUCACUUGGAAUGAAUUCAAGAAAGCCGCCUAUUCUCUGCGAUUGGGACAUACUCGUCUUGACCUCUUCAAGAUUCAUGCCACGGAUUAA